AGAUGUGCAUUCACCUCCUCGAACUCAUCGAAUCCUGGUAUUUUUGAACGACCACGUGCUUGAUUUGACAAGUCCACACAAUGUGAGCAUGACAGGAAAACAGGCGUGACUUCUCCAUUCUAUAACUACUAUAUAAACAAACCGUACGGGUAGGGAACUGCAACAACAAAAGCUUCCGCAACCAAUUGGAUUUGAGAGCAGGUAUCACCAUGACGAGCGCAGAAAAUAUCGACGCUUACUUUGAUUGUGUCUUGGGAUUAACAAAGAUUGCUGGAGAGUUAAUACGAGAAAAAGUCAAAGCUGGGGUUAAGGUAAACACCAAAGAUUGCGAUAUAGAUUUAGUGACGGAGACGGAUCAGGAGGUCGAGAAAUUGCUCAUAAAUGGCUUGAAAACAAAUUUUCCUAGCCACAAAUUCAUUGGCGAGGAGACAGUGGCCUCCGGUCAGAAAUGCGAACUGUCCAAUUCCCCAACGUGGGUCAUAGACCCUAUCGAUGGUACCAUGAAUUUCGUGCACGCCUUCCCUCACUGCUGCAUUUCAGUAGCACUUUUUAUCGAUGCUGCCCCCGUUAUUGGCAUCAUCUACAAUCCAACGCUCGAGCAAUUAUUCACCGCCAAGAAGGGACAGGGGGCAUAUCUGAACGGUGAAAAGAUUCACGUCUCAAAAGUAGCGACAAUGAACAAGGCGCUACUUAUGAUGGAAAACGGAACGAGCAGGGAACCUGAAAGGGUGAAAACAGUUUUCGCCAAUCAUCAAAUACUUAUACCGAAGUUACAUGGGACUCGCACUUUGGGAUCGGCAGCCUUGAAUAUGGCCAUGGUGGCUAUGGGAGCAGCAGAUGCCUACUUCGAAUUCGGCAUCCACAUUUGGGACAUUGGCGCGGGUGAAAUCCUGAUCACGGAAGCAGGAGGUGUGGUCAUUGAUCCAGUGGGAGGUCCUUUGGAUAGAUGCUCGAGGAGGGUCUUAUGCGCAAGCACCAACGAUCUGGCAGUAGAAUUCACUAAAUGCUUGCAACAGUAUUACCCAAUGCCAAGAGAUUAAAUGCCGAUACAAUACAUUCCCACCUUUCAGUACACAUAUAAAAUAAUGUUUAAACCAGAACUCUCAAAGAUAUAUAAAGGACCUAUACUAUUUAGUCAGUAUACAACCAAAUCACAGUUAUUGCUUUUAAGUUUAAAAUAAAACAUGUUCUUAAAUUAAUAU